ACGUCCAAUACUUUCUAAAUAUAAGCUUAUAAAAUUGUACAAUAAAUUGCAGUUAAAUCCAAGGCUGAAGAAAAGGAGUUGAAACUGCUGGAAAGGGAAUUGGCCGAAAUUCAUGCUGCGGGAGAAGAAAUGUUUCUUUCGUACUGCACUUCGGAAAAAUGUCAGGAAGAAGAAAGGACAGAAAUUACGAAAGUUGGAGAUCCGAAAAACAAAAGAUUCUUUGAUUUCAAAAGUCCGAAAGUGAAUGUAUUCUUGAAGGAAGUUAAAGACUCGAAAGAAAUGAAAGAUUUAAUGAAAGAAAUUCAGGAUAAAAUGAAAGUUGUGGCGGACAGUUUCGAAAGCAGAUUGAAAGAAAUGGAAAGAAAAGCGGAAGCCGAAAUGAAACGAAAGUUGGACGAGAUGAAUGAUCUGCUUAAAUGUUCUCGUGAAGAAUUUGAUCAACUGGUGGAGUAUGGAAACCAGACCAAAGGAUUUAUGUCCGAACAUCUGAUCAAAGUAACAUCAACUGGUCGAGCAGGCUCAAUGCCAGACAUGUCCGGACGAUACAAAGCUAACGAAAGCGAGACUGGAACCACGCAAGCACCUGGAAGUGUGAUGACAGCAGCCACCAAAUGCUUUAACUGUGGCGAGUAUGGACAUUUGGGAUGCGAUUGUCCAAGGCAGGGCACGAACCUUAAGAUGUGCUACGAAUGCAGACAAUUCGUGACGCAUAGAGUUGCACAGUGUCCACUUCGGAUGUCCAAGUCGAAAGAGAAAAGGUAUGGAAAUAAAAAUUAUAAUAAUCGAGGUAGUCGUGGUAAUAGAAGGGGUAGAGGCGGUAAUAAUUAUCGUAGUGGUACAAAACGUCCGAGUGAAAGUCAGAACGAUUCGAAUGCUAAAAGAGGUCGAUUCAACAAUAGAGAGAAAUCGUAACUCUGUUUUCAACCGUUAAUUUAUCACAUAUUCCACGGAUAUAUUUAAAGCAAACAUACUUUUUCUGAAGUAUUUUUUUCUCUACUUUCCAUUUCUGGUAUCAGAAUUGCGUAUUUUUAACUCAAAAAUCCAAUAUGGCGACGUUUAAAAGAAAAAAUGCAAAAUUUCGAUACUUUUUUUUUUUAAAUCCAAUUUCUUGUUGUGUUAACGUUGAGGACGGAACUUUAUUUUUCAACUAUGAGUGCAUAAAUGAGUUGUACUUUAAAUUCAGUUUGGUCCCGAAUCCAGAAAUUCAAUAUGGCGACUAGAAAACGGUGCCUGAAGCGCAAAAUUUUGCCCAAACUGUCACGAAUUUUUUUCACGAAUAUAAUGCAUUCGACGAAAAAAUCAAUAAGAAUAAAAAGUGCUUAGAAUCAAUCAAGGAAUAUGUCUAAAUUUUUUCACUGAGUUUUGAGCAACUUUUUUAUUUUUGCCAAUUGGCAAUUUAUGACAAAUUGUUAAAAUUCAUCGAAUCGUCUCGAAAAAAUUCAGAUAUACUUCUUGGUCAAUUCUAAGUACUUUUUAUUCUUUAACUUUUUCUUAUAUAACGCUUUGUUUUUGAGUAAAAAAUCAAAAACCUUAAAAUUCUUAAGAUUUUUUGAAAUUCAAAAAAAAAAAUCAAAAACUUCAAAAUGUUUUGUUCCAUAUGCACUUUUUGGUCAAUUAUGAGCAAAUUUACUUCAAAUUUGUGCCCGAGUAUCUGUCACAUUCCAGAUGAUAUGAUUUUCGCAUUGAAAAAUUCUCAUUUCUUAGCCGUUGAUGUACAACGUUUCCCGACACUUACCGCGUGGAGGUGAAUGAGUCAAAGCAUCUUGUCUUUUUUUUUAUCUUUUUAUUUAUUUUUUUUUUCGUUUUUUAUUAGGGUUUUAUUUAUGUUUUUGAUUUUUUAUAGUUUUAUAAUUUUUAUUUUUUUUAGGAACUGUUAUGAUUUUUUAUAAAACACGUUUUACAAUAAAAAUUAUUGCAUUUUUUGCAAAAUUUGUUUGUCCUAAUGACACAUGGCUUGCAACAGCAGAGCUUCUGUUGUUUGAGGGAUACUGUUUCAUGAACAAUGUCAUCAACUUUAGGUCUAGUCAGAUAGUAUUUCACAAUAUCCAUCAGAAAUUCUUUUGAACUUUUUUUGUGACUUGGAUUAGCACAAUUAUAAAGUACUACUGCAUUGGUGACAGCGGCCUGAAGUAAUCUAAUAAAAACCACCCACGUCCACUUUUUUGAUCGAAUGCAUGGCAAUUUUUUAAGGUUUUUGAUUUUUUACUCAAAAACAAAAUAUAAGAAAAAGUUAGAGAAUAAAAAGUACUUAGAAUUGACCAAGAAGUAUAUCUGAAUUUUUUCGAGACGAUUCGAUGAAUUUUUCCAAUUUGUCAUAAAUUGCCAAUUGGCAAAAAUAAAAAAGUUGCUCAAAACUCAGUGAAAAAAUUUAGACAUAUUCCUUGAUUGAUUCUAAGCACUUUUUAUUCUUAUUGAUUUUUUCGUCGAAUGCAUUAUAUUCGAGAAAAAAAUUCGUGAAAGUUUGGGCAAAAUUUUGCGCUUCAGGCGCCAUUUUCUAGCCGCCAUAUUAAAUUUCUGGAUUCGGGACCAAACUGAAUUUAAAGUACAACUCAUUUAUGCACUCAUAGUUGAAAAAUAAAGUUCCGUCCUCAACGUUAACACAACAAGAAAUUGGAUUAAAAAAAAAAA